AUGCAAUGUUAUUAUGGAACUGAUGGCUAUCCAGGCCACUGUAGUAACGGAACAUGUUCAGCCAGGGAAGAUAUUCCUCCGUACUAUUAUAAUAUGUCACCGCAUUGGACUUUAGGCGAUCAAUGGAAGUCUGCUGUUGUAGCCCUUCUAGUAACUGGAAGUAUAGCAAUUGCUGCACUUAUUGGACGAACUCAACUGAAGAAACUAUACCAUUUUAUAAAGACAAAGAUUGAUGCGUACAGAGGCCGUAUUGCAGCUAGGGAUAAUAUAAGGAAUAACCUGUUGCCUUACAUAUGGAGCGAGCAGUUGUGGAACGAACAACAUGAACAACAGCAAAGAUGGUGGAGUCAAGUGCCCGGAAUGCAUUGGGUUUAUAAUAAAUUGAAGAGGAAUCAAAUUGAACAGCCCCAGUAUCACCCACUGGAUGACCGAGGAGAUGUAUCGCAAACAGUAGCUCUCACGGAAGAACCACCACCUUAUAGGGAGGACUGA